AUUGAUCUCUCUUCCCUGCCAUACCGCCCAGUGGCCGUUGUUGCCUUUCCACCCAUUGGGAAGAGGAUGUCUCCCCAGUCCCCAGUAUGUAACACAUGAGUCAAUGAAAUCAACAACGAAGUUGAUUUUUCUGUCUAUCGAUUCCAUUCCGAGUUGGACAGGAUACUCAGUAAAGCCCGAUCCCCCAUCAGAUCCCCUGUAAGCCCAACUGAAGCGAUCCCCAUCCCCGCAUCCACGAAAUGGCCGACCCGGCCGCCGGCGCCGGCGAUCCCCCCACCAGCACCGUGCUGGACUCCCUCGGCGAGGACAUGACCCGCAUCGUCUACCCCGUCUCCUCCUGUAUGCUCAUCGUGGUUCUCCUUGUCUCCCUCCUCUCCUCGCCUUCCUCCCCCUCGCCCCUCUCCGCCUCCUUCGCCGCCACCACCGCCGCCGCCGGCGGAGACGACAUCCCCACCGCCCUCAUCACCGCCGUAACCUUCGUCGUCGCCGUCACGGCCGCCACCUUCCUGCUGGCGCUCCUCUUCUACCUCCGCUGCACGCCCUGCCUCCGCGCCUACAUGGGCUUCUCCGCGCUCGCCGUCCUGCUACUCCUCGGCGGCCAGGUUGCCCUCCUCCUCCUCUCCCGCCUCCGCUUCCCGCUCGACGCCGUCUCCUUCGCUCUCCUCCUCCCAAACGCCGCAGGGGCGCUGGCGCUCGCCGCGCUGGCCCCGGCGUCCGUCCCUAUCGCGCUCCACCAGGCCGCGCUCGUCGCCGUCGCCGUGCUCACAGCCUUCUGGUUCACGCUGCUUCCCGAGUGGACCACCUGGGCGCUGCUCAUCGCCAUGGCCAUCUACGACCUCGCGGCCGUGCUGCUCCCUGGUGGCCCUUUAAGAGUGCUGCUUGAGCUGGCCAUAGAGAGGAACGAGGAGAUACCGGCGUUGGUCUAUGAGGCGAGGCCGGUGGAUCCCCGGCAGGGGCGAAAUUGGCGGCUGUGGAAGGAAGGGAGGCAACCCGGUGGGGAUUUGGAUGCCGGUUCCACGGUCGAGGUGCUUGGGGAGGUAUUGGGGAGGAAUCUUGACGCCAAUUCUGGGAGCAGUUCGACAUCCCGAGGUCAUGGAGCAGCCACUUUUGUUGGUGAUGCUAAUAAUUCAAGGCCCACAGCGACAUUGGUGACUGCUUUGAGCUCUGAUUCUCUCGUUGAACAAGCUGAGGAUGUAUCGGCAUUGCAGGAGCAUAGAGUGGCUGUUGCUGAAAUGAGGGUACCUUUGAUCCAGCCACUGCCAGAGAGAUCUGGGGAAGAGGAGGAAAAUGAUGGCAUUGGGUUGGGCUCAUCUGGGGCGAUCAAGCUCGGGUUGGGAGACUUCAUUUUCUACAGCGUUCUGGUCGGUAGGGCGGCGAUGUAUGACUACAUGACAGUGUACGCCUGCUACCUUGCCAUCAUUGCAGGUCUUGGCGUCACCCUGCUUCUGCUGGCAUUCUUCCGCAGAGCAUUGCCUGCCCUCCCAGUGUCCAUCACCCUCGGCGUUGUGUUUUAUGUGCUCACAAGAACAUUGCUUGAGGCCUUUGUCAUGCAGUGCUCCACAAAUCUUUUGAUGUUUUAGCAUUCAUGGAACAUCGUGUAUUCUUGUAUUAUUGUUCACACUCACACUUUUACCUGUUGGUUAACUCUUGAUUUUAUGGAAGUGUUAAUCUGAUUAUCCAUGCAAAAUGAACCUAUAUGAUAAGCAUGUUACCAUUUCUUUCAUAUUUUCCACUACAGAUAUUGUCGUAUAUGUCCUGAAUAAGGUAUUUUGUCCUGAAUCCAUUGUUGCCCUUAUCUGUUUCUGUUGUAACCUCCCGGAUUUUGUAAGAAAUAAUAAGAACAACUUUGGAGACUAUGUUUUGGGGGAAUUUCGUGAAUUAAUUAAGCCAUCUCUUAGAUUUCAUAAGUUCGAAACAUGGUUAAUUUGAACAAACUAUGGUUGAUACUGGUGCCGGAGGUCUUGUGGGCGGGGGCACUCCGGUCGGAGUUGGGGAAGUUAACUCUUUGUGGAGGCUUGAUGGUGGUGAAAACAAAUAGAUAUUGGGCUUUUGUAGAGGAAUGAUGGAAUCAUUCCACAUUUCUGCCAAUUGAGUGUGAGUUUGCCAGGCUGCAUAUAGGUAAUGAAGACGUGGAUCGGUUUUCAGUCUGCUGCACCUUUUCUGAAUUUCUUAUUUGUGUGCAAAUGGGAAAUAAACAUGCUAUUUUCCUGCGAUUUAGAAUCAAGAUGUGUUUUCUGCACCAAUCAAGUUUACUUAAUCUGAAUGUAAAUAACUACUGGUGUACUCAAUCUGAGUGCAAAUAACUACCGAUUUACUGUACAGUUAUCCUGAGAGCUGCCUUGGCAAUCCAGUUCAAUAUGGAGUGCAGAGUGCUUCACUUUCUAAUUCCUACAUGUAUUCCACUACUAAUGAUUUCUUUGUGCCCUAAAAUAGUAUGCCUUCCUAUAUGUGAAGCCAUAUAGGAGCCAAGCAAUGGUCAGCAUGGGGCCCGGCGGUGGCAGUGAUGUGCCAAUACCAGCACCAGCACUUGCAGCUUCAUGUUCUCACUUCUCACAAGGCCAAGCACUGGCGAUUACAGAAAAAAUAUGUUGGGCAUGGGUUUCACAGAUCUAGAUGCAAUCAAAACAUAUGGUGCCUUUGGGGUGAAGGGACAUAGAGGCAUGAGCUUUAGAAGGUUCUGGGUCAUCUUCACCACAGAAGGAAAAGAAAGUAUUCUGAGUGUAGCUGAAUUGACCCAAAAUUGGUACUUAGAUGAUAUCCUGUUCGGCUGUUCGCAUCUUCAUUUGCUCCCUUCGAGAUCAAUUGUGACUCUACACAUGGAGAAACUAUUUUUUUUCCGACACUUCAUAUCUGUUUUGGUUUAAUGCUUAAAGGUGAAAGUUGUUA